UGAAAACAAGACUGAAGGUUUCAAAAAUAAGGUGCACUGUAGAGAUGUAAAGAAUUGAAGUUGAAAUGAGGAUUGUGAAAGUCCAUGGGUUGCAGCUAAAGGAGCCAGCUGAGAUCAGAUAAUCUACUACAUAAGCCCAAGUUCUUGGAUCCAGCCGACAUCCAAAAUAUUACGUUAUUGACCAAUAUUACUCAAAUGUGGUAUAAAUUUCUGAGACCAAUGCUUAGGGAGAGAUAUCCAGGCUCUGUUGGAAACCAAGCUGUGCGCCAGCACAUCAUAAAUCAAUUAGAUGAACUCCAGGCUGGCUGGGUAACUGAAGAGGACACUUUCCAGGAAGCAAUACCCUAUGGAACAGUCACAUUUUCAAAUAUCAUCAGUACCCUAAAUCCCUCAGCUAAACGAAGGCUGGUGCUGGCUUGUCACCAUGACUCAAAAUACUAUAACAAGUGGUGGUACAGUAGAGCGUACGUGGGUGCCACUGAUUCUGCUGUACCAUGUGCCAUGAUGUUGGAACUGGUUCGUGCACUGGACAAACUGUUACUAGAGAUGAAGACUAUUAGUGAUAGACCAGAUCUUACCCUGCAGCUCAUUUUUUUUGAUGGCCAAGAAGCAAUUGAAAAUUGGUCUGAGAUUGACUCACUAUAUGGUUCUCGACAUUUGGCAAAGAAGAUGGAGAUGGUGCGACAUCCACCAGGUGCCAGUGAUACCAACCAGCUGCAUGCAAUGGACCUAUUUAUAUUAUUGGAUUUAAUUGGUGGAUCAAAUCCAAGAUUUCCAAGUUAUUUUCCAAAUACAGCUCGAUGGCAUAAACGACUACAGCUAAUAGAACGACGUCUGCAUCGGCUGGGAGUACUAAAUGACCAUCCCAAUGAGGUGAAAUAUUUCUGGACCAAAAUGGGAGCAGGGCAUAUUGACGAUGACCAUACACCAUUUUUGCAAAGAGAUGUUCCUAUCCUGCACAUCAUACCUUCGCCUUUCCCUCAAGUAUGGCACAGAAUGGAGGAUAAUGAGGACAAUCUUGAUCCAUCAACAAUUGAUAACCUUAAUAAAAUAUUGCAACUGUUUGUCUUGGAGUAUCUCAGAUUAUGAUAUAGCCCUAGUGUGUAUCAAAUGGAUGGUUUUAAGUCAAGUACUUUAAACUAAAUGGAUUUCAAAAGUACAAUAGCAGACCCCCCUUCCUUAAUGCAAGUGGGAAACUGUUAUUUACCAAAUUUGUUCACCCGGUUAAUGUUUGUUAGGAUUUAAUGUGUUGAAGAAUCAAUAGAUUAUUGCUAACCAGUAGAAGCUUUAUGGCAUACAUCCUCGGUAAACAAUAUCUGCUGGUAUUAUAGUUUUCUUGGUAAUUUUGUUUCAGUAUCUAUUUGAACCUUUUCUGGUGACAUGUAUUAAUUUAACUGCAUCUAAAUAUAUAUGUGAACUGUAAUUUUUAAGUUUAGCUAUUGUAAUGCAUGCAUUAAAUAGUACAGUUGUACUACACACUUUGUGUUAGUGUAAAUUGAAUUAUGACUUGAAAGGAUCAUCAGUUUAGUAUCUUAUCUUGGGAAUUAUAUACCUGGAUCAUGUGAUCCCACACAGCUGGUGUAAUGCAGCAGAUGAAGCAUAACUUCAAAUGGUGUGAAGUCAAUUUUUUACAAGAACUGUGGAAAUAAAAGUUUGGGACCAACAUAAAAGUAAGGAUG